AUGACGCUGAAGGGCCCUUCGAGGAUUUGGUUCAGUAGAUUGACACCAAGCUCCAUCAACACUUUCAAAGAGUUGAAUGCCCAGUUCACCUCGCACUUCAUAGGCGGACAUCGAUACAAAAGGUCCACUACGUGCUUAAUGAGCAUCAAGCAGCGAGAAGAUGAGACGCUGCGGGCAUACAUAACUCGUUUCAACAAGAAAGUCCUUUCAAUUGACGAAGCUGACGAUAAGAUACUCGUAGCUGCAUUCACUAAUGGGCUGCGGAAGGGUAAGUUUUUGUUUUCUUUAUACAAGAAUGACCCAAAAACCAUGACGGACAUGCUCUACAGAGCCACCAAAUACAUGAACGCAGAAGAUGCAUUGCUAACCUGCGAAGAGAAACCUAAGAAGAAGGAGAGACAGGAGGACACACGACAGGAUAAGGGGCGAAAGGUUGCUAGAACCGGAGAUCAACGAGAUGAAAGGCGCCCCACUAGAAAGUUCACCAAUUUCACGCCAUUAACUGCCUCAAUAGAUCAAGUCUUGAUGCAAAUCAAAGAUGAAGGAGCACUAACGUUCCCUGGUAAAUUAAAGGGAGAUCCCAACAAAAGGCCAAGGGACAAGUAUUGUCACUUUCACCGAGACCACGAGCACGACACAGCCAACUGCUACGACCUGAAUAGCAGAUUGAGGCCCUUAUCAGACAAGGGAAGCUACAGAGAGGAUGACACUCGGAGACUUCACCAUCCUCAUGACGACGCACUUGUGGUCAGCUUGCAAAUAGGGGAUUAUAACAUGCAUCGGGUCCUCGUCGACAACGGCAGCUCAGCAGACAACCUGUACUAUCUAGCAUUCCAGCAAAUGAGAAUUGACAGGGAACGGUUGACCCCAACGAAUGCCCCACUUGUGGGAUUUGGGGGAACGAAGGUGUUCCCCUUGGGCGCAAUAACACUAGCUGUGACGGUAGGUGACUAUCUUUAG